ACAGCGCUGGGCUCGGUGUGAGCCUCCUGAGAUGAGUGUGUACAGGGUUAGCUGCCUCUCACCACUGCAGGGGGCUCCCAGCUGCUGGAUACCUCUCUUUCUCUCCUGCCUUCACUGCUAGCUCUGCUGGGGCUGAGUCAAGCGGUGCUGCCCAACUUCUCAACAGCCUUGCAGGUAGAGGAGAAGCCAUAACAAGAUAAAGCAAAGAAGAGGAGCAAGUUUUCUUUCCCAGUCCAGGAAAAAUAACCUGUUGGAUUAUAACCUGCUAACAGUGGAGAGUGCCAACAUGAGCAGCGAGGGGGCAGAGAAUCCCAUCUCAUCCACACUGACCCAGGGAGUGAAGAGAAAGAGGGGGAGACCAAAGAAGCAGCCACAGGAGGAUGGUGGAAAUACAGCUGUUAUCCCACAGGAUGCUGUGGAACCACAGCCAGUGAAGAAACCACGAGGAAGGCCAAAAGGAAGCAAGAAAACGACUGUUGCAGAACCUUCUGCUGGGAAGAGGCAAAGAGGGAGGCCCCGCAAGUGGCCUCAAGCAGUGGUCCAAGAAGGAGAGUCUCAGGGAGGAGAUCCUCUGGAAAGCAGUGACUUGGAUUUGAACUCAGCACCAGCCACACAAGACAUCACUGGAAAAGACGGCUCCAGGUCUGCCAAAACCACUGGUCUUAGGAGAUGUCUGAGUCACAUCCCUGCUGCAGCUCAGUAAUGUCCCACCUGUUUGUGUCUUGCUGAAGCCAGAGGAGUGGAAAGCAAACAGGACUUUUAAUGUUGUAUUUCAGAUUCUUCAUUUGUGAUAAUUUUAGCCAAGCUCUCUCCUGUUGCCUGCGGACUUGCUUACCCCUAACAUCCAAACAAGGAUUUAGGGGAAGAAAUGGCAAAUUGCCUUGUUGGAGAGAAGCCUUUUACAGUUUGUAGUAUAUCUUCUGUGAGUAUAAUGAUUUCUCUUUAAAAUACUUGGAUCACCCGGUGCCUUGCCCUGCCACAGAGAGCAGUAUUUCAGCAGAAGUUGACUCAGCAAUACAGAUACAGGAAAGGAAAUCUAUUUACACAGCUAAUGGCUGAGCUUGUCUGCCAUAUCACCUCUGGCAGACUGAUGGGGCAGUGCCAGGAGUUAAGUUUUGCUGUGUUACCCCAUAGAGACUGUAUCUGAAAGACAGUCUUUGCGUCCUUUCUUGACUAUUUCAGAACAAAAAACCUUCAUGGCAUUUCCAGCUUGCCCUGCACUGCUGUUCCAGUGGCCAGUAACUUGCAUGCUUUAGGGGAAAGUUUGCACCCCGAUGUCUUAGGGAUUGAUUCUGAAUUUUUUAUCUUAAUGUGAUCAGCUCAGGGCCGUCUCUAUAACUUCUGGCCUGGUGGCUCUCCCCCCAAGUUUGAUAGCAGCUCCAAGUGCUUACAAGCUUAGUCACAGCCACUGGAUUUCAUCUCUUCAAAGGAGUGUCUCUAAAGAAGCAGUUACACAAAAGUUGCUUCCUUGCAGAGCCUCAGGAUUCAAUUUAAAUGAGUUUAAAUUCAGUCCCUAACAUGCGUGUGUGGGGUCCUCUAGUGUCACAACCAUGCAAAUAAAAGCUGCUGAUAGUUCAGUUUGGGGAGACAGCAGUAGCCAGUUGGUUUGAGAUUGUUGCUGGCUGCUCUCAGUUUUACACUGUUUGCAGAUUUGUGCUUUUGGUGUCAGAGCUGUUAAAUUCUGAGAAAUUGAGGGUAUUUCCAAUAUCCAGUUGCAAAUAGUGAAAUCCCGGUGGUAUUUUCCAUCUCCUGGAUGUUCUGCCUGCCUAUUAAAGGGACAAAGUGGAUAUUUCAAUUAUCUCUGACAGGAUGUAAAAUUGGCUAGCUUUACAGUGUUAAAUAUUUAAACAGAACAUAAUUGGCUUUAAAUUUAUGGUGGUGCAUAGCAGAAACCCAUGAAAUGGCUCUAUAUAUUGAACUCAUUUAUUAUCUUUUCAUCAGAGUUCUGUUCCCUUGGCAAGUAUUUAUUUAACACAAGAAAAUGUAUGCAGAAUUAAGAAGGGCUGAAUGCAGAGAUAAUAGGGGGAAAAGUGGUUUUUUUUUUCCUUUUGGGUCAUUUUGUCCAGUCCAUCUAGUUUAGUACUGAUGAGUCCUGAUCCCAUUAUUUCUGCUUAGUAGUGAUGAGUCCCAGUCCUAAUUCUGUGUGGUAUCUAGUUUGCCCUGAGGGUGUGUAUGGAGCUUGG